CAACACCAUCUGUACAGCUGUUCCACUCCCGCAGACACCUCGUGCCGUGUGUUCCACUAGUCUCCCCGUCUCCUCUUCUCCUCCGCCGCGGAGUGACGGAUACUCCACCUGGGUCACCUAUAGGCUGCUGCUGCCGGGGAGCUGAUUGGGCGCGUGUUUGUCCGGGGAAGCUCGAGCGCGUCGCUCGCAUAGAGAACACGGGAUAAAACGACGGACGAACGGCUUUAACUUUUGUUUGCUGAGGACGCCAACGGAAAACUAGGGAGAAAACCAGCAAAGAGGGCUGGGGAAACAACGAACAACGUAGACGGACCCCCGAGUAGGAAGCCACCCCAAGAUGGCCGACGCACCAGAGCAGAAGCAGAGAGUGGGGGGGGAGGAGCAGGUGGAGGAGGAAGAGGAGGAGCAGGAGCAACCGGAGGAGGAUGAGGAGGAGGAAGACGAGGACGAGGCGUCGGAGGGCUCGGUGGACAGCGCAGAGGGCAGCCCGCGGAUGACGUUGGCGGCCCGCCGGGCGCUGCGGGCCUUGAAGUCGCUGGGGGCCAGCGUGGACCCCGAUGACGACUCCCCCAACAUGAUCGUCUACAGGAAGAUUGAGGACAUAGUGAUGUUCAUCCAGGACGAGGAGGAAGGCGUGCCCAUCAGAACGGUCAAGAGUUUCAUGACAAAGAUCCCCAGUGUGGUCACAGGUACAGAUAUCGUGCAGUGGCUGAUGAAGAAUUUGGACAUUGAGGAUCCAGCUGAGGCCAUUCACGUCGGAGGCCUGAUCGCCUCCCAGGGCUACUUCUUCCCCAUCUCGGACCACGUCCUGUCUCUGAAAGACGACGGAACCUUCUACCGCUUCCAGGCACCAUACUUUUGGCCUUCAAACUGUUGGGAGCCAGAGAACACAGACUAUGCCAUCUACCUGUGCAAGCGGACCAUGCAGAAUAAGACCAGGCUGGAGCUGGCAGAUUACGAGGCGGAGAACCUGGCCAGGCUUCAGAGAGCCUUCGCCAGGAAGUGGGAGUUUAUCUUCAUGCAGGCUGAGGCCCAGGUCAAGAUUGACAGGAAAAAGGAUAAAUCUGAGAGGAAGAUACUGGAUAGCCAGGAGAGGGCCUUCUGGGACGUCCAUAGACCUGUGCCAGGCUGUGUCAACACGACAGAGAUGGACAUCAGGAAGUGCCGUCGCAUGAAGAAUCCUCACCGAGUUAAGAAGUCGGUGUACGGCCUGGCGGAGGAGCCCACCCAGGUCCAGAGCCCUGUGCACGGGCCCGUGCACAACGCCCGCAAAGGCACCAAGGAGGACCUGGAGAAGGAGAUUGGCUUCCUGCGCCAUCAGCUCGACCGCCACUGCAUGAAGAUGUCUAAGGUGGCUGAAAGUCUCAUCAGCUACACGGAGCAGUACAUGGAGUACGACCCGUUCCUCACCAGUCCUGAGCCCUCCAACCCCUGGACAAGUGAUGACUGCACCUUCUGGGACCUGGAGACCAGUAAGGAGCCCAGCCAGCAGCGGGUGAAGAAGUGGGGCUUCUCCCUGGACGAGGCGCUGAAGGACCCAGCAGGACAGGAGCUCUUCCUCAAGUUUCUGGAGUCUGAGUUCAGCUCUGAGAACCUGCGGUUCUGGCUGGCGGUGCAGGACCUCAAGCAGCGCCCCCUGCUGGAGGUGGCCGAGCGCACGCAGGAGAUCUGGGCCGAGUUCCUGGCGGAGGGCGCGCCCAGCACCAUCAACCUGGACUCCCACAGCUACGAGCGCACCGGACACAACCUGAAGGACCCGGGCCGCUACAGCUAUGAGGACGCCCAGGACCACAUCUACAAGCUGAUGAAAAGUGACAGCUACACGCGCUUCCUACGCUCCAAUGCGUACCAGGACCUUCUGAUUACCAGGAAGAAGCCUGAGGCGGAGCAGGGCAGACGCACCUCCCUGGAGAAGUUCACCCGCAGUGUGGGCAAGUCUCUGACGGGCAAGCGGCUGACGGGCCUGAUGCAGUCGUCCUGAUGAGACCCCCCCCCCCCCCCCCCCUCUGCACCUAGAGGUGGGGCCAGCACCGCCUGAGAGGACUCAGCCCCUAACCCUGAACCUGCCUCGAACACCAUCCAGCACAACACACCCCUUUAGAAUUGAAUUGGCCCUUAGGUCGGGGGCGCUAAGGUGACAGCAUGCAAUGAGUCACCUAGGGACUGAACGCAAGGACAGCGGCACCCCCCCAACCCCCCA